UAUGUCUUACAUAAGAACGCCAUGUUGUUGCACAGCUCGUAAACAUAGCACAUGUGUAGCGUUGAAAAAUUUCAUAACGUUGAAAUUUCUAUGGUUAUGCUAUAUGCUAUGGUUAUGCUAUAUGCAGAGCCAAUCAGAAUAACAGGUUAAAAAUAUUUUAAAGUACGACAAUGGAGUUCGAAGAUGAAUUAGAGGAAAGUAUCGCGUAUGAAUAUCAAGAAGAAGACAUUGAUACACUUCUGAUAGAUAUUAUUAAAAAUUACCCAUAUAUUUUCGAUAAAAGUAUGGCAGAUUUUAAAAAUGUAAACAAUAAAGAACGUGCAUGGAUGGAAAUUUCUUCUAUUUUAAAAUUAUCAGUUGAAGAUUGUAGGAACAGAUGGCAAAGGUUGCGAGAGAAAUUUCCUCGUGAAAAAAAAGCUAGACUGUCAAAAGAGCGAAAUGACAGUGGAGCAGUAACAAAUCGAUGCAAAUUCUUAUUAUAUGAAAAUAUAAAAUUCUUAGAUACAUUUGUUAAAUCAAGAAAGACUUAUACGAAUAUAAAGUCAAAAGAAACACAUGCUGUAAUGCGUAAGCCUACAGCAAAACACCUUAGCUGUAGGCUUUACUAUUAUGUCUUAAGCCAGCGGCACACGGUGCUUGUUUUCGUGCUGGAUUGCUUGCUGGAUGAAAAUACUGCAUUCUGAUUAGUGCAUUUCCAUUCAUCUUCGGAAAUGUACCAAUCAGA